AGCUACAUUAUGUACCGCUCUUCUGUUUGUUCAAGGAACAACUCCAACAACAAGUGCGUGUUCACGCAAUGAAAGUUGUCCUCAUGGCUUAUUACCACCUGUUUGCUGAAAUGGCUACAUACAAAUCCUUUUAUUGAGGGAUAGUUGGAACCUUGGAGAUCUGCUUGUUUUGCUGCAGAGAGUGAUCACGGAGCACUACGGGAAGAGCAAGUAAACGUAUUAAGAUAGUGUACAAAGUCUCUCGAUUAGAUCAAGGAAAUACCAAGUCCUGUCAUCUUUGACAAGUAUGAGACCGGAGGUUGCUCCAACUUAUGGAUUUUCAUAUAAACCCAAUUCCUAACAAGAGCUUUCCUUUGUGUGGGUUAUUCCGAAUCCAAUCAAGAUACAAUGUGCCACUAAAGGGGUGACGUCCCGACAAGUCAUGUCGAGGUACACGUGUAAAUACACACAGAGAAGGCAAAAGUGGAGUUAAAAAGUGAGUUAUUAUGUCUUCUCACUUGACCUUCAGUAUAGUCUAUUCUCAUAACUAUCACCAAAAACAUCGCGAAGGACUUCAUGCGUUCCAUUCUUUGUUGGCAUGUUGCAAGAUUAGAUGGAGAUUCUCAUUCAGCAGUGAAGGUUGAGAAAGUAGAUACCUAAAGAGUUGAUAGAGUAAGAGAGUAUGGAACAGAAAACAACUCUGUUGUUGUUCACCACUUGAAUCAACAACUAUGACAUGUCAUGUUUUAGCAAUCACGUGCCAUAUUAAAUGUACAAGAACAAACAAGCUAAUUUUAUUACCUUGUUUUUUUGUUUGUUCACUUCGUCUUUACGAUCUUCGUCAAUGUUGCAAUUGUAUUUAGAUCCCUCGAAUUCAGAGGCAAUAAUCCUUGUUCUACUGGUUUCUUUUCUUUGGUGAUAGUCUUCCUUUUCACUAUUCAUGACUUCCUUGUUGCCUCACAUGUUCUGAUAGCCAAGUACCACAUGAUGAGCUUCACGCACACUUUUCUUGGCUAAGCCAUCAGACCCGUGUCUUUUAGCUUUCCCAUCUUCCUCGAUAAAUCCAAUACAUAAAUUGGUUGUCAAGCACCAGGAGUUUACAAGGUAAAAAAAUGCAACACAUGUAGACUAGGAGUUUGUAAAAGACAUACAAAAUGAACAACCACAAUGAACAACAUCUCGAACAAAGAAAGAAAAGCACAAUAAAAUUAUCCCAUUCACUUGGAGUUGUGUGUUUCAGGAGCCUCUCGUAAAGAGAAGUUGUCCCUACUUCAUUUCAUAUUUAUAUCUACACUUCGUCGAGAAUUAGUCUAUUUUUUAUUCUAUAACAAACUCUAUAAUCCCCCUUUUUUUAAACUUUGAUUCUAUUCUCUUAUUAAUUAAUGAAUGAGGCAAAUCUAUAAUCUCCAUUUAAAAAAUAGUGCCACACCGACCAAAUGCCAUUACAAUCUUUGUAAACACUUCAUAACAUAAGCCCAUACCUUCUCUGAUAGGCAUAUAUUAAUGAUUUGAGAAUUAACAGAUUAGAAUCAAUGACUUGGUGUAUGCACAAAAAUUUGAGUUGUUCUCAUGGGUAUAACAACAAUUACUCCAACAUCCACAACACAUCAAAAUUUCAUAGUUAGAUCUAUGUGUACAUAGGAAGUUUAAAUAGACAAUAGAAACUUCCAACCCUAAAAACACUAAAAUGAGUAAACACAAAUAAUUGCAGAAAUAUCUAGAAUGCCUCAGGAGUCAGAUUUCAUAGCCGUCCCUGUAAAUCAUAAAGCCUAAUUGUCAACACAAAACAUAAACAAUGUCAUAGGGACGAAAUUAACCAUCUGUUGCCACGGAUGCGACAAUUGUUAGACCUGUAUGCGUGCUUUGUGGUGGCAUGGGUUGGAAGGCUGUUGGCUAUUGUGGUUCUGAUGGUUGUCAUCGCCUCCGGCGUCAUUGUUGGCAUUCACACCGGUGACCUCGCCGCCACCGUUUGCUCGGUCUUCCACCUCGUCAUCAGAGUUAGGUUGUCAAAGAGCUUAUACAUCACCUGGUUGCGGAACUCCUCCAAACUCCUAUCCUGGGCACCUUGUCCUCCAAUGUCCUCCGACUUUUGGUGCUUCCUACUUGUCGCUUGUGCAUGAGGAAGACGAAACCCACCUAAAACAAAAAAACUAGUUGAUUGGUGGCGUUCAAAAACCUUACUUACCAAGCAAACAUGCCCAUAUGGAAUAGCAGAUCUCCUUGGCCCAUAUGCAAAAUUAAUUUUUUGUGCUCUCUCACGUGGUCAAGGCUUGGUUGCUCUUCAUUUUGGCAAUAUUAGUGUUAGCAUCACAAAAAGAGGAGAAAACAUGGAGUUGUUAGGUCUUGGGUAACCCAUGAUCAUACUCUAUUAUACCCAAACCCAUGACCACACUCUAUUGGAUUAUCCUUCCAUUGAUUAUCAAUAACAGCCCUGCUAAAUUAGAAACGUUACCAUGUUUCGUGUGUAUUAUGCCAUAAUUGCCUACAUGGCUGCAUGCCACUACAUGAGCACGCGCCGCACCGUCUAUUCACACUAUACAACCCUUGCCAGUCGACGUCAUGGCAUGCAGCCAUCGGUGCCGUCCUAUCACUACAUGAGCACGCGCCGCAAUGUGUUCACAUUUACGCCUAAUAACGCCACCAUAGCCGGUCUGCGUUUGCGUCACAGUGCCUGUAUGCAUCCAACAACUCCCCUCCUCCCUAGGCCCCAAUCAAAAGCGAAGGUUUACUUUUCCUCACACACAAGCAUUAAGUGGUAGGAAGCACCGAAAGCCAUAUGUCGCGUGUAUGCCAUAAUUGCCAACAUGGCCACACACCACCGGAUGAGCACGCUCACAUCGUCUAUUCACACUCUACACGGUCCUUGCUAGCCUGGUUGGUGUCGUGGUGCGUAGCCACCAACACCGACCUAUCACUACAUGAGCACGCGCCGCACCGUGUUCACAUUUACGCCUAAUAACACCAUAGCCAAUCUGCGUUUGUGUCAUGGUGCUAAGAUGCAUGCAACAACUCCCCCUCCCCUAGGUCCCAACCAAAAACGGCAGUUUCCAUUUCCUCGCACAAGCAAUAAGUGAUAUUGCCAUGUGUUGCGCAUAUGCCACAAUUGCCAGCCAAACAUGAGCGCGCGUCGCACCGUCUAUUCACUCCACACAACCCAUGCCAGCCUGGUCGGUGUCAUGGCGUGCAACUACCAACCCUGACCUACCACUACAUAAGCACGCGCCGCACCGUGUUCACAUUAUGCCUAGUACCACCACCCUAGCCAGUCCGCGUUUUCGUCAAGGUGACAAUAUGCAUCUAGCAACUCCCCUUCCCCAAGGUCCCAACCAAAAACGGCGGUUUCGUCUUCCUCACGCACACGCAACAAGAGAUAGGAAGCACCAAAAGCCGGAUGAGAUUGGAGGACAAGGUGCUCAAGGUAGGAGUUUGGAGGAGUCUCGGAAUCAGGUGAUGUCUAGGAUCUUCGACGACCUAUCCGACUUCGAUGACGAGGCGGAAUACCGAGUAAACAGUGGCCGCAAGGUCACCGGGGUGAACGCCAAGAAGCACGCUGGUGGUGAUGACGACCACCAGAACCACAGCCAUCGCAACCGCCUUCCAACCCGUGGCACAACAAAGCACGCUUACAAUCGCCGCCUCCAUGGCAACCAAUGGGAAGAUGGAAAACCUUAAAGCCAUUGGUCUGUUGGCUUAGCCAAGCAAAGUGUAGGUGAAGCUCAUGAUGUGGUACCUGGCUAUCACAACAUGCGAGGCAAAAAGGAAGUCAUGUAUAGUGAAAAGGAAGGUCAUCACCAAAGAACAGAAACCAGUAGAGCAAAGAUUAUUGGCUCUGAAUUCGAGGGGUCUAAAUACAAUUGCAACGUUGAUGAAGAUCGUAAAGACAAAGAAGUGAAACAAAUAAGAAAAACAGGCAGGCUGCAUGAAGUUCUUUGCAAUGUUUUUGGUGAUAGUGAUGAGAAUGACCACGCCUUGUAUGGUGAUACUGAGGAUGUCAAUAGACCGCCUACCGAGGGAGAAGGCCAGUGUGCGAAUAUUUUACAACCAAAGGAUGUAACUCGUGGCAAAGAUACGUGCUAUGAAGAGUCCAAACAUUGUUUAACUGGUCCUCCGCUGAACUUGGUGGUUCCACAUAUACCACCACACGGUCAACCUGAUCAGUUAAAAGUAAUCAAGGUGUCAAAUGUCGUGGGGAUUAAUCCAAAACCUUUCGAUCCUGAAACGUACAUGGAAGAGGAUGACUUCAUUACCGAUGAAUCUAAGGGCAAGGAAAGUGUGCAUAUGGAUGUUGUCCGUUGCAGAAGGGCCAAGAAUGCUGAUGGCACUGAAUCUCUUGAAAGCAAUGCACGUUUUGUCCAGUGGAAAGAUGGAAGCAUGCAACUACUGAUUGGUCAUGUGGCUCUUGAUGUAUCUGUAGAAGAGUCAAGUCAGCAUACCCACUUGUUUAGGAAGAAUGGAAAGGGGCUUCUACAGUCACAAGGAAGGCUUUUACAGAAGAUGAGAAUUAUGCCGCCCGAGUCAUCUUCAAGAUCUCAUAGCUCAUUAACAGCUCCUAUUGAUUCUCAGAAUGAGAAAACAAUUAAGGUGCAAACAUGGUAUGAUAAAAAUAUCCCGAGAGAAUGAAGCAAGAAAGGGAAAGGG